AUGGCACCCUUCGUCUUUUUUAAGAAAUCCGCUGCAGCACCUAUAGGCCCAAAACCUAAAUAUGCCGACCCCGCCAAGGCCGCAAUCAUAAAGACAUUAGAAGAAAAUGCGACAUACGAUAGUCUAUGGACACUAUGCUGGGAGGUCAACCUAUCGUUUAUGACCAGCGCCUCUGUAAACCGGAGUCGUUGCAUCAAAUGUAAUACGGCACUCGCCGACUCAGAAGGAAAAUUCCACAGCGGCUUUGCGUCCACAGCGACAUAUGCCGACUGCGGGCAUAAUUCACGAGGAGGCUUCUGCGUAUGCAAGAAGUGCGAUGAGGAUUUAGUAUUCGACAUUACAACUGUUGGGGUUCCUUGUUUUGAGAAAGGAUGUAAAGAGGAAUUAAAGGUUGACCGGACCAUCGUUUCUGAAAAGUUGGCGAAUGAAAGAUCUGGUCUAUUAGAUGACUAUUUCACUCUAUUAAAUGCUUAUCACGCCGAUACAUUUGAAUGUGCUAUCUGUCUUUCUGAAGUAGAUAGGCGGUACCAGCCAAAGGGUAAAAUCGCCCCGGGCUGCAAACACGCCGAGUCAUCAUGCUGCUUGGAAUGUCUCAAAUCCAUGAUUGACUCUGCUGUCCGCAACGCCAUGUGGGGAGACCUCAAAUGUCCCGAACUCGACUGUCAGGCAGGGCUCGACUCUGCAGCUGUGAAGAGAUACGCCUCCGAAGCAGCUUAUGCGAAAUGGGAAAAGUUUCAAUUGAUGAAAGCUCUUGAAGGCGAUGAAGAAUUUCGCUGGUGUCCUGGCGAGAACUUCACAUGCGGUCAUGGCCAACUCCACCCAGAACGUGAUUCGCAACCCCGUAUCAUCUGCUCCGAAUGCGACACCCACCACUGUUACACUUGCCGCGUGAUCUGGCAUAGAGGCGAAACCUGUGCAGAAUAUCAAGCCAACCUAGCGACCUCUCAGUCCGAAGCACUUAUCCUUAAAACUACCAAAAGAUGCCCAGCCCGUGGUUGUGGCAUCCCAAUUGAGAAGCGAGAAGCAUGUUUGGAAGUUUCUCACAGAGGUGGAUGUGGCACAAACUUUUGUUGGGAUUGCAAAGCAAUCGUGGGUAACGAUAUUCCGCAUAGCGAACGUGUUGCAAAUCGACACUUUAGCACUUGCAAGGCCAUGGAAGUGCGACACUGCGACGGCGUAGUAUUCGUCGACAAGCCGCCGAGGGAUGGAAACGAAAAGUAUAGGGACGGUUGGGCAGAAGACCCGAAUUACGAGCGAAACGAUAGGAGAGAUGGUGAACAUAUGUAUUGCAGAAGCCCAACCUGUACCAGACCAAGGUGCAAGGAGGUUACAAGUGGUAAUACCCCAGCUGCUGCAACCAUAGAGAUUACGCGCAUUGCUUUGGCCGUUUGA